AAAUGGAAAAUUAACCAAUCCUCAUUUUCUUUUUUUUCUCUCUCAAACCACAUUGUGUCUCUUUCUUUUCUCUUUCUUUUUUUUCUCUUUUUCUAUUCUCUUUUCAAAUUGUGUGAGUCGCUUUAAUCAAGAAGAAGCGGGCUUUAGGAGUUGUUGCUCUUUGCCUGUUAACCGUUUUCUCUACCUUGUUGGUAACCAUUGUUGGAGAAUUUUUUUUUCCUUUUUCUCUCUCCUUUUUUGUUCUCCAUAUUGGUGUAAAUUUUUCUCAUUUUUUUAGAAUUUCCAUUGGUUUUAUUCUAUAUUAAUCAUGGAUAUGGACACUUCAUCCAGCCCUUGGGCUGGUGGACAAUCAGCUCUUAAUCGUUCACUAACAGGAUCUCCUACUGGACAACAUCAAACUUAUGUUGCUCGAUCACCACCUAAUCAAGUCAUUGUACCUCAAGAAUUACCUGCCCAAUUAAUUGACAAAUAUCUUGCCACUGAUGCCAAUUUCCUUCAAAUUCAUGAUGCCAUUAAGGCCUCAACCGGUUAUCCAACUUUAAGUGGCCUUCAGGAUACAGAUUAUCCAAAUAUAAGUGAUCUUGCCUCAGCUCUUGGAAGUUUAACUCAAUUAGAUAAAAUUACUACAAUACCUUUACCAUCAGGAAUUUUAGAGCAAUUUAACCAUGUUCAACAAAAUUGUGAAAUGGGAAUUUUUACCGAGAUUAAAAGAGCCUGGUUAGCAGUUGAUAGUACGAUUUACCUUUGGUCUUAUGAUAAUGGCUGUGACAUGGCCUAUUAUGAUGGUCUAACCGAGGUGAUCAUUGGAGUUGCCCUUCUCAAGCCCAAACCAGGUAUUUUCAAAGACAAUAUUAAAUAUGUUCUUUGUCUAACUACCCUCGUUGAGAUCGUUCUUCUUGGAAUUCAAUAUCGUGAAAGUGGAUCCGAAAUGAUUGACGAUCUUCAUGUAGAUAAUGAACCUUUAUUCAACAUUGCUACCGAUAACACUGCAAUGCCCAUCAUUCAGGGUACUAAUGAUGGAAGAAUAUUUUUGGGUGGUAAAGAUGGAUCUUUAUAUGAAGCGGUUUAUCAGGCCCAUGAAACUUGGUUCCGAAAGAAAAGUUGGAAAAUUAAUCAUUCAAGUUCAUCUCUCUCUUUCCUGGUUCCCAAUUUACUUUCAUUUUAUGACAAAGAUCCAAUUGUUCAAAUUGAAAUUGACAAUAGUCGUCAUAUCCUUUUCACCCGGUCAGAAAAAGGAACAAUUGAAGUUUAUGAUUUAGGCUAUGAUGGUAAAGACAUGGCUAAAGUUGCCUCAAAAAGUGCUCAUGCUAUUAGUUCACAAGCAUCUUCAUUGGCUCGUAACAUUGAGGCGGAAAAUUUUCGUACCAUAAGUCAAAUUUGUGCUGUUUCUGAAAGUGAAUCAACUUUCGUCAAUCUUAUUGGUUUCACUGAAACCGGUAUUCGAAUAUAUUUUUCUACCAAUCAUACACCUAAAUACGACCAGAGACCCGAUUCUUUAAAUAUUGUUCACAUUCGGCUGCCUCCUGGUUACUCUGCAGCUUCACCUCCCCAACGUCCCGCUAACAUUUAUCUGGCCUCUUACUCACGAAGUACCACUAUCAUGGUCUCCAUUACUGGUGAUGGUCGAGCGCUUCUCUGGACUCUUUCAUCGGACGCAUUUGCUUUCGAUAAUCAACUCAUGGAAUUGUUUAGUGUUCAUCCAAUCAGUAGUCGAGUUUGGAGAAUGAGAGAGGAAAUUAAACCUCAUUUGAUAAAAAAAUCUAUCCCAAUUAAUGUAGGAAUUAACAAAGUAAUCAACCUUGAACCUCCUGUAAUGAUUACUCAAGAUGUAGAAGAGCAAAGAAAAUUUAUCUUCCUUUCAUCCCAAGGUGUUCAUAUUGCUCAUCGACCUCGACCAGUUGAUCAUUUGAAACAGUUACUUGUAGACAAUCAAGGGUUCGAGAAUGAAGCUGUUAAAGGUUUCUUCCGUCUCUAUGGGGAAGCUCAAAGUUGCUGUAUGACUUUGGCUAUCGCUUGUCAAACAACAUCUCCCGUUGAAAAGCAGGUCGCUGAAUGGGCUACUCUAGCUUUCUUCCGCUACGGUGGUGAUCCUCAAGUUUUAACCGCUCCAACAGCAGCUCCACAAUCCCAGCAACAACAACAACAAGUGAUACAAUCAACUGGAACUCCAUCACAUUCCAUAAGCCAACAGUUUACUCCACACAUUGCUAAUUUAGCUGGUGGUCAAAUUUCAACACCAAUUUCCUCUACACCUCGAUACUCAUCUCUUCGAGCAAUCCCUUCAUCACCAAUUGUCCGAUCAGCAUCGGUCAUUCAAUCUACACCACAUUCAGAGCAAAUGCAAUUUUCACCUUCAAAUGUUACCCUUCAAAAUCGUAAUUCAUUCAUUAAUAAUCAAUCAGGUCUUUAUGGGACUGGUCAUCCCUUCAAUGAAACAAUGAUCGCCGGUCAACCUGGAUUAAAUACUUCCCCAGUUCAACAUGUUCAAUAUGGAAUGUCCAACAAACUUAUUGGACUUUAUCUUUAUGUAGCUCGAAUCAUUAGACCCAUUUGGAAUGCUAAUUGUGUGAAAUCUGAAUUAAUUACUCCACCACCUAAAGACGGUCUAAAGGAAAACAUCACUACAACCAUAACCGAUGUUGAGAUGAAGAUUUACUUGGAAAAAUUGAACAAUUUGAGACAAUUUUUGAUGAAAAAUAUUCAAUUCUCUGAUAUUCCUGAUAACGAGAUGCCUCAUUACUCUGAGUCGACUACUGUUACCUUUUCAAGUCCCACUCAAGUAAAUCCAAUUCUUGAACGAGCUUCUUUCUUCAACAUGUUAACAUUAAUCAAAAGAUGCCUUGAAACUAUUGGCCUACUUCGUAUAGCAUAUGAACACAAAUUUCCAACAGUUGUUAAAAAUUUAUCUUCUGAAAUAAUCGCUAAACUAAAAGGAUCAACCUUCCGAACUUUAAUCAAUGAAGGUGAAGAGAUUUGUGCUCAUUUGGCUUCCGCUUUGGUUCAAAAGUACAUCGAUGAUUCUGUGACCACGGAAGGAAUCAGUAAACGACUAAAUGAUGCCUGCCCUGCAAUCUUUAGGGAAGAAAAUGCUCUCCAAGCAAAAGCACACGAAACACUGAUCAAAGCUCGUCGAACCAAGGAUGAAACUGAACGAUUCAAGUUGAUUGACGAAGCACUGGCCACUUUCAAGUCGAGAGCUCGAACCAACUUAAGACAAGCCUGUGAUCUAUUAAAAACCGUCCAUGCCUAUGUUGAUAUAGUGACUCUUUGUCUCGAAACAGCUUCACUUCGAGACAAGGAAAACAUUGGCAUUUAUUUAUUGAGAAACAAUGCCAAUGUUUUCCAACAAUUUCAAAAUCGUUCAUUCUUCUCAUAUGAUAACAAAUUCAUUGGUGAUGAAAAACAAAUGUCAACCAUUCAGUCCAGAUUGGAGUGUUAUCGAAUUAUCUUGGACACUUAUGAGCAUCUUCUCUUGCUUGUUGAACAUCCAAUGAGUGCCGUUGCUCAACCAACCUCAUCUCGGAACAACGUUGAAGACUAUAUACCACCUUUAACCAAAGAAGAAGCUCUUAAUUAUAGUAAAGCAGUUCUCAAAGCAGCAAUUGCCUCGGAAGAUGAGCCCGCUCAUGUAACCAUCUAUGAAUGGCUAUAUGAACAUCAACAGGUUGACAAAUUGUUAGAAAUUCAAUCACCUUACCUGGAAAGUUAUCUUAAAACUAAAGCAGCUCAUUUUGGAGAGACAACUCAACUUAUGGAUUUACUUUGGAUGUACUAUGAGCGAAAUGGUAACUUUCGAGCUGCUGCCUCGAUUCUUGAUAAAUUAGCUGAUCGUCAUGGAUCAGAAUCUGAUUUACUCAAGAGAUUAGAAUAUUUAUCUCGAGCUAUCAUUUGUAUGAAAAGCUGUCAAAGUCAUCCCAGUUUUGUACUUACCGAUGAAAAAGAUUUUAAAUCAAGUGGUGAAUUGUUGCACGAUUUAGAGGAAAAGAUGGAAGUUGCUCGAUUACAAUUACAAAUUGUGGAAAGUUUAUCCCAACGAGCAGAUUGUUCAUCAUCAGUAGCUGUUAAAGAUGCCAUCAAGAAACUUAAUGAAGGACUUUUGGACAUCACCAUGUUGUAUGAAGAUUAUGCGGAAAAGUUUGACCUUCCCGAAUGUCAAUUAGCAAUUGUUUGUGCUGCCUCAUUCAACGAUCCCGAGUUAAUUAGAUCUCUUUGGAAACGUAUAUUUGACAAAGAGCUGACCGAUUCCUCUAAUAGACCAAUUUCCGUUAAAAAGACUCUUCUUGUUAACAAAUUACAACAUUUAGCUAAAUUGUAUAUGCCCAGUGAUAGAUAUUUCCCAUUAGAAUUUAUAAUUCAAUAUUUGGAAAAUAUAACUCAACCCAUGGAAUUUGAAAGAAGUUGGCUUGCCGCAUCUCUAUUAACCUGCGGAAUUGGUUUCUCACAAUUAGUUGACAUUUAUCAUAGAUUGUAUCAAUCAAGAGACCCAACAAUCUCUUGGUAUAAGAAAUCAAUCCAACUCCUGGAAGUCUCCCAUUGGCUUUUCUCUAAAUUCUGUGAAAGUCCUCUUCUAAUUUCUUUAACUGAAAGGCGACAAUUUACUGCUAAAUGUUUGGACUUAAUUGCAGAAUACGUUAUAGAACUUCAAUCAAACAAUCUCACGGAUCCUCAAGUAUCACAAUUGAUCAGCCAAUUUAGAGAUAUCCAAGCCAAAUUAGAAGGAAUGACUUUUUAAAUAAAUUUAAUUUUUUAAAUUACCCUUUCCCUCCCUCGCUCUCUGUCUCUCACUCUACCUCUCUUGUUCACAACAAUUGAUUAAAACAUUCAAAUGAUUGAGGGAACCAUAA